UAUUAUAAAUUCGAGGAAUUAACAAAUUGUGAAGAGAAUCUUUGUGUGUGUUCCCCGGUGGUUAAGUUCGUGCGAUCAUGGAAGUGGUCUACUACGACGAAAAACCUCACGUGCAUAGGGCUGUAGCUUUUUGUUUGUGUGAGCAAUGAAUCCACUUUUGAGAUUUGAAGGCAAAAGGGCAUUGUUCUGUUCUUAAGGUCAUGAUAAAAGGCUUACUUUGUUUCCUCUAUUAGUGCUCCUGCCUUGGCCUUUGGUAAAGUUAGCACUUAGCAGUACCUUCCUAUCUUCUCCCAAAACUCUUUUUAGCAUCUAAUCAUUAACCUUCAUCUUCCGUUCUUUCCCAAAACUCUUCUCACCAUCAUCUAAUCAUUAACCUCUUCAUCUCACCCCAAAACUUUCUCAUACAACCUCCUUUCUCUGUCUUUUUUUCUCUUUCAAACCUUUUCCCCUCGUCUCUGCUUUCUCCUCUUUAACAAACUGGUGUCUCCUUUGAGAGCUACACAUCCACUUCCCCACUUCAAAAAUAAUGGCCCUAGAGGCCGUGGUUUUCCCACAAGAUCCAUUCACUUACAAUUGCAAAGACUACUUGUACUCUUUAAUAGGAGGGGGAACCAUAGACCACACCCUGCAUGCAAAUUGGGAUUCAUCUUCUCCUUCGCUCUUGCAAAAUGUCAAAGACCAAUGGGACUCACACUCCUCCCCUGAACCAUGCACCGUCGAUCAUUCCCACCCCGGACCUUUCCCUCCUCCUCCUCCUUCCUCCGCGGAAGCCGCCACCGGCCGCCGCAAACGACGCCGUACCAAGAGCGCCAAGAACAAGGAGGAGAUCGAGAAUCAGAGGAUGACCCACAUUGCAGUUGAGCGCAAUAGAAGGAAACAGAUGAACGAGUACCUCGCUGUGCUUAGAUCUUUGAUGCCUCCUUCUUAUGUUCAAAGGGGUGAUCAAGCCUCUAUUAUUGGUGGUGCGAUUAACUUCGUGAAGGAGUUAGAGCAGCUUCUGCAGUGCAUGAAGUGCCAAAAGAGAGCACAGGAGCAAGGGCAGGUGAAUGGCUUCUCUGACUCUGUCUCACCCCCCUUUGCUGAGUUCUUCAUGUUCCCUCAGUACUCCACACGUGCGACGCAUAACACUAGAGGCUACCCUGGCACGUGCGAGGCCAACAUGACGCGGAACCACUCAUGGGCCGUCGCGGAUAUUGAAGUGACCUUGGUGGAUGGGCAUGCCAACAUAAAGAUACUCUCCAAGAAACAACCCGGGUUGCUUCUGAAGAUGGUUAUUGGGCUUCAAAGUCUUGGCUUCGGGAUUCUUCACCUUAAUGUCACCACUGUUGAUGAUAUGGUCCUUACUUCAGUUAGUGUUAAGGUAGAAGAGGGGUGUCAGCUGAACACGGUGGAUGAUAUUGCAGCUGCUGUGCAUCAAUUAUCACGCACGGUCCAGGAGGAAGCUGUUUUCAGCUGAAUUAAACUUGGAAACGUUAAAUGGCUAUUGCACCCUUUUUUUUUAUUUAUCAAUAAUUGUGCAAAACAGCUUUGUUUUGAUACCCUUGUUGAAACGCGUUCAAGUUUGCAGGGUUUGGCCCGUGAAGGCAUAUAGAACAAGGGAUAGUCAUGUACAUGCAUCAGUCUCAACGAAAUAUAUAUAUAAAUGUUCCAUUUCAAUAAGCUAGGAGAUGCUAAUUAAAGUAUAGGUUUACUCUUUUCUCAUUUUAUAUUUCUUUUCCCUCUUUUGCUUUUCUCCCAGCUGCAAAGAAUAUAGCCUGAGAGGGAAAAAAAGUGUUGGAAGCGACAAUCAAUUUAUGUUGUGGAGGCCCCCAUACUGAACUGUGUA